UUGCUUUCUUUGUCCCUAUUUUACCGAACCUUUGCAAUCUAUGUUCAAGUGCAGAGUACUUCUGACAACGUUUGUUGUUUGUUUGUUAUUCAAAUUCCACUACAAAUUAAGAUUCAGUUAUGUGUUACAGCGUGACCGGUGUUAUUCGUCCGUUAGCUAUCUGCUAUAAAUAGGCAUUCGCUCUCUUUAUAACUAUUCGUGAUUACUGUUAAAAAUUAUUUCUUCGGUUGUUAACAGCUUUGAUUAACCUUAACGAUGGCUCAUGAAUCGUAUACGCUGUCCGUGAGAGACCCAAACCGUCCCAAACCUGUAACAACCCAAGCGAACAUCGAGCAAUUUACAACCGCCGAAGCCCUUGAAAAUCAAGGCACUCCAUGGGAGCCGUACGAAGAUUCUAAAUAUGAAUCUCCCAUCAACCGUUUGGUACCGUUUCCGGCAUUCUACUGGCUACGGUGGAAGCUUCUUUCCGUGUUUCACACUCGCUUAUUGUUCGGCUUCGUCCUUGGUGAGCUCAUUGUAAUUCUAGCGUUGCUUGGAGGAUUAGCAGCUGCUUUGGCGGUGAUCGGGCAAGGGGGGGGCGGCGGAGACGAUGAAACUGAAGCCAGUGGGGCAGUGGCCAUAAUUCCACCCGCACUCGCCUACGCUUUCGCCACUAGAAAUUCCUUGUGGACUCUUUUCACCGGGUUGCCAUUCGAGCGAGCUCUAUUCUGGCACAAACUGUGCGCCUAUCUAACUGUAAUUGUCGGAAGCUGGCAUGGAUAUGUAUCGAGGGAAUGGGAUUGGUCUGGUAUUCUCCUCACCGGAGCUUUCGCGGCCCUUUCAAUCUUCUCUUUCUGGCCAAUCAGACGAAGGCUCUUCGAGUGGUGGCUUCGCUUUCACUGGGUUCUUUUCAUCUUGGCUAUAGUCGCCGCUUUGCUUCACGAUUCUGCUGGCAUCUUGUUUGGUGUUGGUGUUUGGGGUUUGGACUUGAUCCUUCGAAUCCUCAUCGCUGUUGUCAACCGCAAACGCCAUCGCAGCAUCCUAGCUGUGCGGCUUCCUUCCAACGUGAUCCGCAUUACUUUCUCGAAGGAGGACUUCGAAUACAAAGCCGGCCAAUACUGCUUUCUCUGCGUCCCAGGCGUCUCUAUGUUUGAGUGGCACCCCUUCAGUAUCUCCUCCUCACCGCACGAAGCGACGGUCUCCCUGCAUAUACGCGUCCUGGGGGACUGGACCCAGCAGUUGUACGAUUACGUGAAGGAUACCCGACCUAUAAAUGUAUACAUAGACGGUCCAUACGGUGCCCCGGGGGUUGAUGUCGACGGGGACAAGUACAAGGUCUUCCUGUUCGUGAGUGGGGGCAUAGGAAUUACACCAAUGCAGUCCAUCUGUAACGAUAUCCUGCACCAGCGCCGACGCGGUCGGGACAUCCGUAAAGUGAUCUUCGUGUGGUCGGUACGAGACCUCUACAUGGUCACCUCCGUCCUUGAUUAUGACAAGGAAUACUUCGCCAAAGUCUCCGACCACAGGCUGCCCAUGUCAUUCUGCCCAGACCUUCUCAUCCGAAAAGAGUCAUCCGGAGUCCUGGAGAACUAUUUCCAUCUGUCUCGAGAGCGAGACUCCUCCAAGUUUGCCGAGGCCAACAUCCAUCCGGACAUACAGCCCGACCUAAAAUUCGGACGUCCGGACAUCACCGCUUUGUUUAGCAAAGUGAAGGCCUGUGCUAGUGAGCUUGGGGAGACGAGAGUUGCCGUGCUGACGUGCGGUCCUUCGUCCCUCGUGGACUCCGUUGAAAAGCUGUGUGUUAGGAAUUCAUCGUGUGGAUGUGGCGGAGUCAAGUUUGAUUUACACAAAGAAAUUUUCGAGUUCUGAAUAUGUAAGUUACUUUUGUCAGGUUUAAACAUGACAGAACCUUUGACACACCCCAAACUCGAGCUUUGAGUCGUAUAUAACCUGUUUUGAUGAGUUCCCCAGAUACUAUUGUACUCGCAUAACUCCUACUCCUAUAACUCUUAACACGAACCUUCUUUAAGAUUUCUAGAUAUGCAUAAAUAUCUACUCGUAUUCUCCCCUUCCCUCCCCCCUAACUCAAACUACCCUUAAUACCCCCUAGAUAUCUGCUCGCAUAACUCUCCCCUCACCCCACCCCCUAACUUCCUUUAAGAUCCCUGGAUUCUACUCGGAUAACUCGAACAGGCGCGAGGCGGCGUCCUCUUGCGGCGUCGUGGAUUUAAAUCACCCUAUUGGCCUUCGAGGGGGGGGGGGGGGUUGCGUGCGCACUGCGCACCCCCCUGUGUAUACGCCUGUCGAACUCGGAUCACAAUACACCCAAAGGUGUUAAAUAGGUGAUUAGCCCUAGUAAAACAGAGUAAAAAAACAUACCCUGUGUACCAGAAGCUUUAAAACCACAAUAUUGAGAACUCAUCUCGGAGUUCUCAUCUUUGGUUUGUUAAGGGGAGAGGGAGUAGAAAAACGUGUCGUAUGUGAGAAAGGGGUUAUGUCCACUAUUGUAGUAGUUUAAAGUUCCCUUUAUUCUAUAGAUUUUUUUGUAAUAUUCGCUUGGAUAACUCGACAAGUAACAAAGAGAUAAUCGAAAGCAUCAAGUUGAUCAAGUGCAUGUUUGUAGCCAGAAUCUUUAAAUGGGAUAUUCUCAAGCACUGUAUAAAUAGUUGCGCAUAUUUCCAUACGAUAGCAAUCGAUCAAAGUAGUGCUUAUUUAGUUGUGAUAUUGUAAAAUAUUUUAGACAAAAAAACUAUGUGAACCUGGUUCCUUUAUUACUAGAAAAAGCGAAACGUUAAGUUUGUAUAUUCUAUGAACUGUAGAAUUUAGCAUGCCAUGCAACCCAAGAUAUUUUUUUAAAUGUAUCAAGUAUAAAAGAAAGCGUAGCAGUGGUAACAGUUAUUUUCGUGUAUAUUCUCCAUAUACUUUAUUUUUUUAUUGCCAACACUACACCUUUGCAAACAAAAUGUAUCAAAUAAAAUAAUACAAUAGGAUAUUUUAUUAUCAUAUCUACUAUAAAUGCACAUAGCCGUA